AAGGAUAUUGUACUGAAACACAGAAUGGAUAUCUGGAAUCUGACUAUCAGAAUCAUUUUCUUAUCACAAACUACCACUGGAAUUCUAGGAAAUCUCUUUCUUAUGUUCUACUAUCUAGACUCUUACUACAGAGAACACACAUUAAAGACCACAGAUUUGAUUCUCAUGCAUCUAAUGGUAGCCAAUGCCUUGGUUAUUCUCUCUGCAGGAGUACCCCAAACAAUGGUAGUUUGGGGAUUAAAGCAGUUCUUGAAUGAUUUUGGAUGUGAGCUCCUACUGUACAUUCAAGGAUUUGCUCGAAGUAUGUCCAUGGGCACCACCUGCCUCUUGAGUGUCUUCCAGUGCAUGAUCAUCAGUUCUAGGAAAUCCUGUUGGAAUGAUAACAAAGUCAAAGCUUCAAAGUACAUUGACUGCUCCAUUUCCCUACUUUGGGUAUUCUACAUGGUGAUACGUUUCAUUUUUCUUAUGUACACAUUUAUCAAAAUGAAUAGCAAAAACAUGACAAGAAAUCGAGAUUUUGGAUAUUGCUCUACUACAGGACAUGAUGAAAUCAUUGACUCACUCUAUACAACAUUGGUGAUGUGCCCUGAAUUAUUUUUUGCUGUGCUCAUUACCUGGUCCAGUGCCUCAAUGAUUGUCAUUCUCUACAGACACAAGCAGAGGGUUCAAAAUAUCCGUAGCUGUCAUGGUUCUAGUAGAAACUCCCCUGAGUCCAGAGCAACACAGAACAUCCUGGUCCUGGUGUCUACCUUUCUGGCUUUUUAUACUCUGUCCACCAUCUUGCGAGGCUGCAUUGCUCUAUUGUAUAAUCCCAGUUGGUGGCUGGUGUACAUUUCUCGCCUCACUUCUCUUUGUUUUCCAUGUUUUGGACCCUUUGUUUUUAUGAGACAUUACUCAGUUUUGUCCAUAUUCAGUUUGGUAUGGUUAAGAAAAAAAUGUUCUCAUAAUUUUAUCAUAACAAUGUAA